GAGAGGAGCCCCCCGAUGCCAAACCACCCCUCCUCACCCAAGGGAGGUGGGGAGCCCUCCCCGGCCCCCCUGCACCGACCCGGUGACCCCCCCCACUGCCCACCGGCCACCCGCUGGCCCCCGCUCCCCGGCACCCGCAGCCGGACCCCUGAGGGACCCCCAGGGCGGCGGCGGCGGCUGCUGGAGGAGGAGGGUCCGGUGGCCCAGGGGGGCAAGCGGCAGCGGCAGCGCUACGUCACCAAGGUGGGCAAGUGCCAGGUGAACCUGGGCAACAUCCAGGAGAAGAAGCGGUUCCUCUCGGACAUCUUCACCACCAUCGUGGACCUCAAGUACCGCUGGUUCCUCUUCGUCUUCAUGAUGUGCUACAUCCUUACCUGGGUGGCCUUCGGCACCGUCUACUUCCUGGACGCCUGGGCGCGGGGGGACGUGGCGCACCGGGGGGACCCCUCCUGGAGGGCCUGCAUCCAGAACGUGGACGGCUUCGUCUCGGCCCUGCUCUUCUCAGUGGAGAGCCAGCGCACCAUCGGCUACGGCGCCCGCAUGGUGACGGCUGACUGCGCCGAGGGCGUCAUCCUCCUCAUGGCCCAGUCCAUCGUGGGCUCCAUGAUCGACGCCCUCAUGGUGGGCUGCAUGUUCGUCAAGAUCUCCCGCCCCAAGAAGCGGGCCCAGACCCUCAUCUUCAGCAAGAACUGCGUCAUCUCCCGGCGGGACGAGCAGCUCUGCCUGAUGUUCCGGGUGGGGGACCUGCGGGACAGCCACAUGGUGGACGCCAAGAUCCGCGCCAAGCUCAUCAAGUCGCGGCAGACGGCGGAGGGGGAGUUCAUCCCGCUGGAGCAGUCGGAGCUCAACCUGGGCUACGACACGGGGGAGGACCGGCUCUUCCUGGUGGAGCCCCAGAUCGUCUGCCACGUCAUCGACCACCGCAGCCCCUUCUGGGACCUCUCGGCCGAGUCCCUGCGCCGUGAGCAGUUCGAGAUCAUCAUCAUCCUCGAGGGCAUCGUGGAGGCCACAGGAGCCCCCCAUUGUCCCCGUGCCCCCCCGUUGUCCCUGGCCGCACUCAGCCCAUGUCCCGGGGCAGGGAUGACGUGCCAAGCCCGCACCUCCUACACGGAGGACGAGAUCCUGUGGGGGUACCGCUUUGAGCCCUGCAUGUCCCUGGAGAAGGGGGCCUUCCACGUGGACUACAGCCGCUUCGAGAUGACCUUCGAGGUGCAGACGCCGGCGGCCAGCGCCAAGGAGCUGCAGGAGCGGCAGGAGCCGCAGCCGCCUGCGCUCGGCCUCUGCUGGGACCAGCUCCCGCCCCCGCGGCCACCGGGCACAGGGCAGCGCCGGGAGGAGCCGCUGGAGCUGGGGGACACGGACUGACCCCCCCCGGGGUCCCACAGUGCCAUAGCCCACCCCCCCCGGCUGUGGCCACGGGACGUCACCCCACGGGGUUGGUUGCUGCACCCUAAGGGGGACG